AUGAGGUAUCAAUCUCUUAUUCUGGCUGCAUUUUGCGGCUGCGGGUAUGCCCAACUAACGCCAACCCUGCGGCAUCUACAUUCCCGAGCGGUGAUAACUGAUACGGACCUUCGAUCCACAUACGACUAUAUCAUCGUCGGAGGGGGGCUCGCUGGCCUGGUGGUAGCGUCUCGCCUUUCGGAAGACUCUUCAACCACUGUGCUUGUUCUCGAGGCAGGACAUUCAGGCGAUGAUGUAAUAGAAGGGAUCAACUCACCUUCGGGAGCGUACUAUUCUUCUAUUGUCGGGACAGAGUAUGAUUGGUUGUACGUUACUACACCUCAAACGCACAUGAACAAUCGCUCUGUAGGAUGGCCCCGCGGCAAGAUCCUGGGUGGGUCUUCCGCCAUGAACGCCAUGUAUUUAGUUAGACCUGCGAAAGUUGAGGUUGAUGCAUGGCAAGCCAUUAUAAAUGACGACAAAAAGAGGUGGGGCUGGGACAACCUAUUCAAGUUCAUGAAGAAAGCGGAGAACUUCACACCCCCGACCGAGGAACUACUUUCGUAUACCAACAUCUCCUAUGAUGCAUCAACCCAUGGAUCAGGAGGACCUAUGCAAGUUACUUACCCUGCAUUCAUGAUAGGCAUUAAUAAUAAUUGGACUUCAUCCCUCGAACAAGUCGGUGUCCCUACCCUAACUAAUCCAAACGGAGGCAUCACUCUAGGGGGGUUCAUCGCUCCAUCUUCAAUUAACCCAUCCAACUGGACACGCUCUUACUCCCGCUCUGCGUAUAUUGAUCCCUUGCCGCCUCGUCCCAAUCUACACAUUCUCCCCGAUGCCACGGUACUCCGCCUUCGUUACGGCGAUUCAUCCAAUAGCAGAGGCAUCCAGGUUACUGGUGUAGAGUUCGCCAAGGAUCCUCAGACACCUAUCUCGAGGGUUGAUGUGAAGAAGGAAGUGAUCCUUUCGGGCGGGCCCCUUGGAACCCCAAAGGUUCUGUUGCACAGCGGUGUAGGCCCAAGGGAUGUUUUGGAGGCUGCAAACAUCGACGUCAGGGUCACACUCCCGGGCGUUGGGCAACAUUUGCAGGAUCAUUUGACCGCAGGCGUGGUUUGGGAAACACCUCAAGAGACUGCUGGUAAUAUCAAGGACUCUGGGUCGGAUUUCUCGAGAACAGCCGAAUUCCUUUCAUUUAUUAAUGACGCCGUGGCCUUCGUCAAUGUGACGGCAUUGUUCGGCGGUCCUGAUCCCGUUCCGGUAUUCCAAAAACAAAUUAUCGAUGCCAUGGAAGAGUCGUCGAAAACCCUCGUCCCCAGCAUAUAUCCUGAAGUUGUCGAAGGCUACAAGGCAAUUUAUGAGACGACAGCCAACAAAUUCCUUCCCGACGUUGCCCAGCUCGAAAUGUUAAUGAGUCUCAUUUCUCCCGGAACUGUUUCAAUUCAAGCAGCUCUUCAACACCCUUUUAGUACUGGACGAACCUAUAUCAACUCCUCCAACCCCUUUGACCCAAUUAUCAUUGAUCCUCAGUACUAUUCGCAUCCAGCAGAUCUUACCUUGAUGCGUCAAGGUGUCAGAUUUGUACGUUCUGUCGGCGCAGCAUUCGGAGACGUUUUGGGUCAGGAGCUGGCUCCCGGUCCAGACGUUCAGACUGACGAACAAAUCGAAGCUUGGUUGGUCCAGGGAGCGGCGAGUACGCAAUACCAUCCUACUGGAAGCUGUGCUAUGCUCCCUAUGGCGCAAGGCGGUGUUGUGGAUGCCGACUUGAGGGUUUAUGGUUUAUUAAACGUUCGCGUUGUGGAUUCAUCGAUUUUCCCUUUCGAGUUCGCGGCCCAUCUCGCCUCCGCUACUUAUGGGGUGGCAGAGCAAGCAGCAGAACUUCUCAAAUCUACUUCGUACAAGGCAGAUGGCUCUGUAGUCCCGAAUAGCUCCAGUGUCGCAUUGCGUGGUCCUUCAAGUAUAUUUGGACUAUGCGCCAUCAUUUUCCUUGCCUCUCUUUCCUGCCUUACCCCAUAUCUAUGA